GACUUCCGGGUCGCGGUGCUUGCAGGGAGUGCUGCGCGAGUAGCGUCGUUUCCGUUGCCGGCUGUUUGCAGUUGGGGAAACCGAGGCAACUCCAGCUUCCCCCCUAGUUCUUCAGCUCCUGUGAGGAAAAAAAAAUGUUUAUUUCUUUGUGGGAGUUCUUCUAUGGGCACUUUUUUCGAUUUUGGAUGAAAUGGCUCUUGCGACAGAUGACUGGAAAAUGUGAAUUGCAGCGAAUUUUUGAUACCUAUGUAGGUGCACAAAGGACACACAGGAUAGAAAAUUCCUUGACAUACUCCAAGAAUAAGGUUUUACAGAAAGCGACUCUUGUUGUCCAGAGUGAAGUGGACAAAUGUGUGGAAGAUAUAAUGAAGGAAAAGAAUAUUAACCCUGAGAAGGAUGCCAGUUUUAAAAUCUGUAUGAAGGCGUGCUUACUGCAGAUAUCUGGUUAUAAACAGCUCUAUUUGGAUGUAGAAAGUGUGAGGAAAAGGCCAUAUGAUUCUGAUAACCUCCAACAUGAAAAGCUGCUUCUCAAGCUUUGGAAUCUUCUAAUGCCCACGAAAAAGUUGAAGGCUAGAAUCUCCAAGCAGUGGGCUGACAUUGGUUUCCAGGGUGAUGAUCCCAAAACUGACUUCAGAGGCAUGGGCAUACUUGGAUUAAUCAAUCUUGUGUAUUUCAGUGAAAAUUAUACCAGUGAAGCUCACCAGAUUCUUUCCCGUUCAAAUCAUCCAAAAUUAGGGUAUUCUUAUGCAAUAGUUGGAAUCAACCUUACCGAGAUGGCUUACAGCUUGCUGAAAAGUGAAGCUUUGAAGUUUCAUCUCUACAACUUUGUUCCUGGUGUACCAACAAUGGAACACUUUCAUCAGUUUUAUUGUUACCUUGUCUAUGAAUUUGACAAGUUUUGGUUUGAAGAAAAGCCAGAAAGCAUUAUGUAUUUCAACAUGUAUAGAGAGAAGUUUCAUGAAAAGAUUAAAGGACUCUUACUGGAUUGUAAUGUAUCACUUACUUUAAAAAUAUGAAUCAUCCGUAGUAUCUUCUAUUUCUACCACAUUUUGCACACACAACAGAAUUUAUAUGUUGUAAUAGAAAUCUGAUCAAUUACACUCGUUAUAUAUAAUUUCCUACAAAAAUAUUUCAGAAAUUCUAUUUAAGAAAGCUAGUGGACAAUCAGUGUAUGUUUACAGUCAUUUAUACACUGUUCUCCAAAGGUACCUUAUCCUUCCAAAGAUCCUUUCUGUAGAGGCCUGCGAACUAUAGUUUGGAACUUGGGACUUAGCCCAUUUGGUGUAAAAGUAUAAAUCAGGUAUUUGUAUUAAAUUGGUUGAUUAAAAUGUAUAAAAAUCAGUUUUCAUUUUUAUGUGUUGUAACUAUCAAGUCAGUCUCUUUUCAGAGCUCCUUUCAGAUUUUUUGUGCUUCAGUUUGGAAAUGAUUUUUAUUUCCUUCGCUUUAUUUUAGCCCUAGGUUAAUUAACAGGAAGAGUAGUUCUUCAUGGCUUUCUUUGCAUCUCAGUCACAUUCCUGAUGUUGCUUCAUUCGUAGCAAAAAGCAUAGACUCGUCAGACAGGAUAACCAAUCGUGGCCUCUUCCUUUUUGGUUUCUCUGAUUAUUUAGCGUAAUAGCUAAUGAGAGAAUGACAGUAUUGGUGACUAGCUUUUUUGUUUUUAAAUACCACACUUGGAUAUAUCACAGUGGUAUUUUAAAGCUUAAAGGCAUUUUUUCAUCUUCAGUAUUUGCUUUUCAGUCUGUGGUAGGAAGGAAAUGUGGUUAGUGCUCGGUGUGAAGGCCUUUUAUGAGGCUUCUCUGCCAGUGAGCGUUUAUGAAAAGAGAUGUAUUUGCUAAGAAAAUCUUGACUGUAUUCAAAGGACAGUGGCUAUUUCCAUAAAGCUGUCUUUGAACUGAAACAAAAGGAAAACCUAAAGCUUUUUAAAAAUACCCGUUAAAACGUUGGUUUAUUUUACUUACUGUUAACUGUUGCUUCUUUUUGCUUUGCCCCAAGAAUGUUUCUAGAGAAUGGUGUAUGGACUUUAUGGGUAUUCUUUGAGUUAAUGGUCUGUGGGAUUCUAAAGUAGCCUGAGGAUGAUGACUGUGCAUUGCGUAUAGCUUUAUUCUCCUCAAAUCUCAGGAGGGCAUCAAGUGCUGUCAAGGAUUAUAGAGUGAUGAGAUUCUAAUGGGAAUAAUUUCUUCCAUAUGUGUUUUAGAAAUUUGUACUCCUAGCAAAACUAAAAGAGUUUAAAGAUAUGUCUAAUUACUAAGUUCUUCUUAAAUGGUACAGAAACCAGCCUGUGAGAGACAUAACUUAAAACAUGAUGAGAGUUAGCGCAUCUUUUCACAUGGUAUAUAUCAAAUGUUUAAGGAUUGACUCCUGUGGUAUAGCAAGACCUGAGACUUGCAGUAUUUGUUCAUGUCUGUUGACACACCUCUCUCUGCAAACUUGCCAAAGAGAAGAGUGAUAAAAAAUAUCCAAGUGGAAAAUAACAGAUGCAGUGUUGUGUAGCAAGUACAUUGAGAACGCAGCAUUAAAACUAUUAUUUUCUCAACAAGAUAAAACUUUAAAAAAUUGGGUUCAUUUUAUUAAAAUCAUGGUGGUUUGGCGUCUCAGUAUCACAGGAAUUUUUAAAAAUUGGUUUUGGUUUCCUGUAGGAGACUUUGCAACCUUGGGAUUAUCUUUUUUCUUUUUUUAUUUUUUUUUAAUGUUUUCAAUGUUUUAUUAUCCAGCUCUAGAGUUCUAGGAGAUGUAGCAAAAUCCUGGUAAGGAUCAGGUGCUAACCAUUAAAGUUCAUUUUAUAUAUUGAAUGUUUACUCUUACAUGGAAAGCAAUUCUGUUUAAUUUCCAUGCUCAAAAUACUUACCUUUAUAUUUUAAUCUUUCAACAGCUGAGGUCUUGAACUGAUUUAAACCUUUGUCAAUAUACUUAAUAAAGAAUGAUCCAAUUAUGAAAGGGGAAACUUUUUAAGUAAGUUUUCCCCUUCUAGGGAGGAAAAAAACUUUAAUGUUUUAAGAAUGUCAUUAGAAAGUUUGGUCAAUAAUAUGGUCUUUAAAUGAACUCUGUUUAUAUAAUAUAGAUAUUGUCCUGUUUUUGCUUAAAAUAAUCAGUAACCAUUUCAGAAAUUCUGUAGUGAGGUGGUCUAAAAGCUACCAAUAAAAUCUAACUGUCUGAUAGUCUGGAAGCCAAGCUAAGUGUCCCCGCUUGUAAAUUAGAAUGUAACAUAGUGACAUACAUGAAAAGAAAAACAUAAUUGUGUCUACCUUCCUACUUUUCCUUGCUUUCAACCUAUGUAUGUUAGAAUUUUAUGUAGUCUUAAAAUCCAUAUUUAGAAUCUUACCUGUUUCUAUAAUAAUGAAUGAAAUACCAAAGUAGUGAUAGAAUUGAAGUAGCAGGAAAAUUAUGUUUGCUUUAGCAUCAGAAAAGUGAAUCGAUGUUGAAAUGAAUUUUUGUGUGUGCCAGAUCGAAGAGAGUGUGCCAGUGACAAGAAUAGUGUAAACAUAGAAUUACACUGGUUGUAGUUCAAAUACGUUCUGAAAGACAAUCUUUAAGGAAAUAGGAGAAAUCAGGGGAUAUCAAUGUAUCAGUGAACCUAGACCAGCCUCUCUUUGUAUAUAUAUAUGGUGGUAGAGUUAGAUAUAAAAUCAUUGUCUUACUGGCACCAGUUCAGAAAACAAGAUCUUUUUCUUGAAAAUGCCCAUCCUGUUUUUUUUUCUAUUUUAACAACUAUUUGGAUUUGUAUGUGUUUCUCUUUGUGAAAAAUAUACGUAGUCUUCGUUUUUAUUCCAGUAUUAAUAAUUGUUUAUGUACUGUUUCUCCCCUUUGCAUUCAGUGAAAUUGAACUUGGUCAAAGAUUUGCUCAAAGGAGCAGCAUUAUAUGAGUGAAAAGUGGAAUGCUCGUUACCAGAGCAGGAAAGAUUACACACUAUCAUGGCACGGAAGAGAAGAGGUUUGGCUUGGAGGGCAAUAAUGUUUAUUAUCCUCCUUGAAUUAAUGAUUGGGGGCCAGCAGCUAUUUUCUCAGGAUAAAUGGUCCACCCAGCUUCUCUACGAACAAGUCUGGGCAGGCUUACUUUCCAUUUUCAUAUUUAUGAACCUCUCCACACAAGCAGAUUGUUAACGAAGAUUGAUGGACUUAUUAAACAUCUGAGCGAAAUCAUGAGUGAGCUUGUUUCGUUUUGUUUUGUUUUUUUCUGGCUUCAGCUUUUGACAAGAAAAAAUUUAAAUGUAGUUCAGCUAAGACCCAACUAUUAUAGGACAAUUCUUUUUUCUUUUUUUUUUUUUAAUUAUAGGGCAAUUCUGUGUUUCUGUUAAUGUAUUCAAAAAAUGAGCAGUGGCUUUCCCUGGGGGAAAAAGUGCUGGUUGGCAACUUAAAGAAAUAGAUUUUUGUCUACUUUGGAUAAAACAAUUAACUUCUUAUGUAAAAGCAAUAGUUGAAAUGUGAUGUCAUUUUGUUCGGAAUGUUGUGAGCAAAUAAAAAAUGUGUCAAAAUUGUUAU